CAACUUUUACACACGAGUAAAAGUCGAUAGAUGAUGAAACCAGUUCCAAGGCUUCGGCUGUUCAUCUCAGUUACUUUUGUGUUAUGUCUGUUCGUUGUGUUUCAAAUCCAUAAAUCAGAUUUGUUCGGAAAAAAUCUCCAAAUCACUCAUCAAGUUAACAACUUCUUCAUAUCCAUCGCUUCUUCCUCACACCAUCAAACCCUAAACCUCACCAAAUAUUCCAACGGGAGUGAAGGAAACAAAGCGCAACAGCCCGAGUCAGAAGCAACAGAUACUUGUGCCGGAAGGUACAUUUAUAUGCACGAUCUUCCAAGCAUUUACAACGACGACAUCAUCAAAGACUGUCGACCACUCAUCAAAUGGUUCGAUAUGUGUCCCUUCAUGGUAAACUCCGGUCUCGGUCCACAGGUUCUAGAGCACGCUAACAAGACAUCUCAAGUCUUAACCACCAAAACCGGUUCUUGGUACUCAACAAACCAGUUUUUGCUAUCGGUUAUCUUCCGUGAGAGGAUGAAACACUACGAGUGUUUGACCAACGAUUCAUCUCUAGCCUCAGCGAUCUACAUCCCAUACUACCCAGGAUUCGACGUGAGCCGUCACCUAUGGGGAUACAAUACAACAGUUAGAGACGCCCUGGCGACAAAGCUGUCUCGGUGGCUGAGAGAGAGACCCGAGUGGAACAAGAUGUAUGGUCGAGACCACUUUUUUGUAGCUGGACGGAUCGGUUGGGACUUCAGGAGAUGUUCGGAAGAUUCAGAGUGGGGAAGCAACCUGAUGUGCUUGCCAGAAUUUUCAAACACGACGAUGCUAUCUAUCGAAACCACUGCUUGGACCAACGAGUUUGCGGUUCCUUAUCCAACUUAUUUUCAUCCAAAGAGCUUAACCGAGGUUCGGAUAUGGCAGAGGAAAGUCAAGAGUGUGAAGAGGAGACACUUGUUUUGUUUUGUUGGAGCACCAAGGCCGACCCUAGAUGGAUCCAUCAGGGGAGUGAUUAUAAACCAGUGCCUUGCAUCUCACGGUAAAUGCAAGUUUCUUAACUGUAAUGAACCAGGUAACGAUUGCGAUAAUCCGGUUAAGAUAAUGGAUGUGUUUCAACGUUCGGUUUUCUGCUUACAACCUUCUGGAGAUUCAUAUACCCGAAGAUCGAUAUUUGAUUCGAUUUUGGCCGGUUGUAUACCGGUUUUCUUCCAUCCCGGUUCGGGUUAUAAGCAGUAUAUGUGGUAUUUUCCUAAGGAUUAUACCAAGUAUUCGGUUUACAUACCCGAUAAUGGAAUGAAAAAUGGAACGGUUAGUCUCAGGGAUUUGUUGGGUGGGAUUGAUAAGGAGAGUAUUUUGAGGAUGAGGAACGAAGUUGUAAAGAUUAUACCGAAGAUAAUAUACACUAAACCGGGAUUGGUUGGACCAAAGAAGAUUGAAGAUGCGUUUGACAUUGCAGUUGAUAGGGUUAUUCAGAGGGUAGCGACGGUUAAGAGGAUGAUGGAAGAAGGAAAAGAUCUUCAGGGUGAGUAUUCACAAACAAGGGAUUUGAAGAAACUUGAGUGACAAUCACAUUACUGAUUUCUUAAAUUAUUAUUAUUAUUAUUAUUUUGUGAUACUUGUUUUGUUAUUUGUAACAAAAGUUAGUGAAAAUUAUAUGUGACAUGUUUGAAGAAGAUAAAAAGUUUGCUUACUAAUUUGUUAUGAAUUUGUUUUAGUACUAAUUAAUUAUUUUACUACAAACUACGCAAAAUUAUUUUAACAUUAAAUCUACCAUUUUACAUGGAUUUACGUAAUUCCAUUUUUAUUGAAAUAUUUUAUAAAGAUUCAUGUUUAACAGUUUUGCUUUUAGGACAGCGUCAGGUUCUUCUAGCCACAAGGAGCUAAUCCGAAUAAUCCAAUAUCCAGACUACAUAAACUAAGACAAA